UGAAUAAAAGGAGAGUGAUGCGGAGGCAAACGACAUGAAAUCUCAGCAUUGCAGACAAUCUUAGCAUGAAAUAACAUACAGUUGCACGUGUACUACCUUAUAUAUUUGUAGAUUUGUACGUAAAUAGUAGCCACAACAUCUAUCUAUACAUCUUUAUAAACCACAGUUUUUAUAUCUGUCUAUAUUUAUAUAAACCUAUCUAUCUAUCUAUCUAUCUAUCUAUCUAUCUAUCUAUCUACCUAUCUAUCUAUUUAUCUAUCUAUCCAUAUAGGCCACAACAUCUCUCUAUAAUACCUAUCUAUAUACACAGACUAUAACCUUCAUCUAAAUACCUCGCUUCUUAUACGGACCCUAGCAUCUAUCUCUCUGUCUGUCUAUAAAGACCACAACAUCAUCUACCUAUCAAUAUCAUUACAUCUAUAUUUAUCUAUCUACUUGUAUAUACCUUUAUAUAUUACACGUUCAUAAUAAAUAAGACUAUAUCGUAAGACAGAAAAGCAGAAAAACAAGGCAGAAACUAAAAAAAAAAUCAGAAAACGUAUUGCAGGCACAAAAAGGACAACAACAACAACAACAACAUCUUGUAUUUGAACAGUAUUAAAAACAUACCAUCGUAAUCGCCACCAUCACCAUAAACAAACAUAACUAUAUUUUAUUGUUUGACAUACUAUGAAUAGUUAACAUAAUAAUAUUUAUUAUUAUUUUCAUAUAAAUAAGAAAGGAACUACACGGAAGACCUGGUCUUGUUUUGUUGCAAUUUCCAUUGUCGUUCGCGCGGGUCAGUUUGUUUUGGUGAUUUCCUUACUUACCAGAUUCCCUUCUUCAAAUAAGAAUGGCAUUUGAGAAAAAACCGGCGGAAAAAGAACAAUUAAGAACGGUUGUUUUGGCGAUUGACGAAAGCGAAUGUUCGGAUUUCGCUUGGGAAUAUUAUCUUCAAAACGUUUAUAAGAAACGAGACAGGAUUAUUUUUGUUCAUGCUCCAGAAUACACAGAAGCUAUCAAUUCACCUUUAACAUCUGGUGGAGUAGAUCCAGCUAUUGUAGUGGAGUUAAUAAAGAAAGAGAAAGAAAUGGUACGGAAAUUAAUGGAAAAAUACACAAACAAAUUAAAGAUGGCAAAGUUACAAGGAAGAUUAUUACAGGUAAACGGCAAACCAGGUGAAGCCAUCAUAAAGGUUGUGAAAACUGAAGGUGCAACUAUAUUGAUUCUUGGUUCCAGAGGAAUCGGUAAAGUGCAGCGAGCAAUUAUGGGGAGUGUCAGUGAUUACUGUGUCCAUCAUUCACCUGUUCCAGUGCUAGUUUGCAGGAACAAAGACAAAAAGUGAAUAAAUUCAAAAGACAAUUUAAUCGCCA